GAAUUAAAGAGAGGUCCACGCUGAUUGAAGAAAGGUCUUUGUUUGUUAUGCAUGUGACUUGUAGAUGGGGGAAUGAACAGAGCCUUUGUUUGUGGACAUUAAGCUCAAUGGAGUUCUGCAUGAGGAUGUCUGCAGGGAAAUGACACGACGCCUCUGUGUUGCUCUGUGUACUCUGUCACUAGUUACACAGGGCGAGUGAUAGUGAAACUGAACUAAGAGUGGUGUCCUUUAACACGGUACAAUUAUCCACAGACUUUUCUUACUAAGGGGAAUAAACCACGUCGUUGUACACAGGAGGCUGACGUCCUCAGCCGGUAAUGGGAUGUAACCUAGGUAACAGCUGGACCUGUUAAACGUAGCGGAACAACCAUCUGGAAGGGCUGCACAUUCAGUGUUGAGAUGAACUUUCCAAAGUAGCAGUCUCUUCUGGACCACUGAUCCUGGCAGCCCUUUAUGGCGUGCCCUGUCCAGUUCUUCUGCCGGGGGCUUCGCACUGUUGGAUUAGUUCUCCUUUACUAUGCCUUCUCUAUAGGCAUCACCUUCUAUAACAAAUGGCUGAUGAAGGAUUUCCGCUACCCCCUCUUCAUGACGUUGGUUCACCUCACCAUCAUCUUCUGCCUUUCGACUCUGACACGAAGGGCCAUGCAGUUAUGGACGGGGAAACCACGCAUCACUUUGAAUUGGAGAGAUUACCUCCGUAAAGUAGCACCCACAGCCUUGGCAACAGCACUAGAUAUUGGACUCUCCAACUGGAGCUUCCUCUUCAUCACCAUUAGCUUGUACACCAUGACCAAGUCUUCAGCUGUGCUCUUCAUCCUCUUUUUCUCCCUGGUCUUCAAACUGGAGGAGCCGAACCCAUUCCUGAUCGUGGUUGUGCUCCUGAUCGCCUCUGGUCUCUUUAUGUUUACGUUUGAGUCGACUCAGUUCAACCUGGAGGGCUUCAUCAUGGUGCUGCUGGCGUCCUUCAUAGGGGGGAUCCGAUGGACCCUCACUCAGGUCCUCAUGCAGAAAGCUGAGCUGGGCCUUCAGAACCCAAUUGACGCCAUGUACCACCUACAACCUCUCAUGUUCCUCGGCCUCUUUCCCCUCUUCCUGUUUAAUGAAGGGCUCAGCCUCAGCACUUCUGAAAAGCUAUUCCGGGUGACUGAGCUUUCCCCUCUCCUACAUUCACUCUUCACGCUGAGCAUCGGCGGCUUGCUGGCUUUCGGUUUGGGCUUCUCAGAGUUCCUGCUGGUCUCUAAGACCUCAAGCCUCACUUUAUCCAUAUCAGGGAUCUUUAAGGAGGUGUGUACUCUGCUUUUGGCAGCAUCUCUGAUGGGAGACAAAAUGAGCUUGCUUAAUUGGCUGGGAUUCGCUGUGUGCCUGUGCGGCAUUUCAUUACACGUGGGACUCAAGACAUAUUAUUCAAAAAGCAAAGGUCAUUCUUUAAGGCAGCUCAACAGUAAGAGCCCAGAGCUUGAGUUGCCCUUACUGCGGCAGAAUGGAGGAGAGAUAGAGGACUCAGCUGCUGAAGAAGACGAGGAACAAGAGAUCACUCUGCACUGACAUCAAAGGAUGCACACCGAUGAUGUCUAGAAUGGCUUCAUAACACUUGUUCCUUUACUUCCAUCAAAUGGUCUGAUCUGUGAUGUCAAAGCCUUCAAAAAAACUACAUAUGUUCAGGUAACACUGCCAAAAAGAGAGAGGGAACAGCCUCUGUUACGCUGUUCCUACUCCGAUCAUGUUUUCAGUCCAGACAAGGACCAUCAUUUGUACAUCCACCGUGGACUUGACACAACAAGUUAGAAUCUUUUGCCUUAGGGAAGCUUCACUAAUGUAGCUAAUACAUCUCAAUGUCAACAAAGUGUGAUGUAUGGAGAGAAAAAAAGGGACACACCGACACCUUAAAUCUAGUGGGCCAUUUUGCUUUGCUGGAAACGUGUUACGCUGUGGAAAUAUCUUCUGACCAGGUCUGGGAGCAGAUUUUUUUAAACAAGAAUUUCAAUAAGAACUUUUAACCAAACUUACUUCAAAGGCCUGUGCUGCUAAUGUCAAUAAGUGAUUCAUUUCAGUCAAGCAAUGAGCUGAAGAGAUGUGAAAAGACUGUACCUUGAUGUGCCUUCUUAACCUCACAGCAGUCGAGAAGACUUCUUUUUAAGAGCUAUUUUUAAGAUUCAUUCUGACUGAAUAAGCUGUUGAAACUACUUGAGUUCAAAGCUUUUUAAAAAUUAAACCUAUUUGAAUGUUUGUUAUGGAUUUUCUGUAAGAUGCAGCAUUGUUGCACUUCAGUAAGAAAUACAAAGAAAAGGUCGUUUUUCAUUUCAAAUAAAUCUGUGAAAACUAAUGUGUAGCACACUUUGAAAUGUCA